CGAAUGAUAAACGAUUAAUUCAUUAUAAAACCUUCUCUAUUCAACUUAUUGAAUAUUAUUUAUCAUAUACCUAUUUUCGAAAAAUUAAUUAUUAUUAUUAUAAAUAAAUAAUUGAGAUUCGGAUUAUUUUACUUUUAGAAUUAAGAUUUUAAAAUAAUAUUAUUGAGAAUAAAGAAAUCAAAGAAAAAUAAAUUAAAGUUUUAUUUUUUUUAUUGAAUAAAAGGUCGAAGUGUUGAAUAUUUAUUUCCUGUUCAAUAUCAAUCAUAUAAUGAAAUUAUAUCUGGAAAAGAUUGUAUUGUUCAAGCACGUACUGGAACAGGAAAAACUUUAGCAUACAGUCUUCCAAUAGUAGAACGUCUUCAAAAUGAAAUGUCAAAUGUUUGGGGUCGUUAUCCUCGUUGUUUAGUAUUAGAACCAACACGUGAACUUGCAAACCAAGUAACAAAUGAUUUUUUAUCCGUUAAAUCUCGUUUAUUAUCAAUAACAACACUUUAUGGUGGAAAAGAAUACAGUAAACAAGAAUUAUCGUUAAAAAAAGGUUCAGAUAUUGUUGUUGGAACACCUGGAAGAACAAAAGAUUUUAUUAUAAGAAAACAAUUAAUUCUUCAACAAUGUCAAAUUAUUGUUUUAGAUGAAGUUGAUCGAAUGCUUGAUAUGGGAUUUCAAGUAAAAUUGUUUUCUUCUUAUAUUUAA